AUGGCGGCUAUGGCUCGGUUUCAACUCCACCACCCAUACUCAUUCAUCAAACCCUCCAUUAUCAUGUCAAAAUCCCCUCCCUCCUCCACACCAAUCUUCACACUCAACGCUAAUUAUUGCAAUUAUCAUCUCUCCGGCUACACCUCUCGCCGCCGUAAGCUCUCCACCACUUCAGCUGUCGCCUCCAACUCCGAGAGCAGUAGUAUGAAUGCCGAAUCUAGCUAUUCGAUUGUUGGUGAUCUUCUUGACUAUCUAAAUGAGUCUUGGACGCAUUUUCACGCCACAGCUGAAGCAAAACGACAACUAGUCACUGCUGGAUUCCAUUUGUUGAAUGAGAAUGAAGAAUGGGAACUGAAGCCUGGUGGACGUUAUUUUUUCACUCGUAACAUGUCCUCUUUGGUUGCAUUUGCCAUUGGGGAAAGGUAUUCCAUUGGUAAUGGUUUUCAUGUGAUCGCUGCACAUACAGAUAGCCCAUGUCUAAAACUGAAGCCAAAGUCUUCUUCGUCCAAAUCCGGCUAUCUCAUGGUCAAUUUGCAAACUUAUGGUAGUGGUUUAUGGCACACUUGGUUCGACAGGGACCUAAGUUUAGCUGGAAGAGUCAUUUUGAGAGCUGAUGAUGGUUCCUUUUCACAUAAACUUGUGAAAAUUAAUAGACCUCUAUUGCGAGUACCUACAUUAGCCAUUCAUCUCAACAGGACAGUAAAUACAGAUGGGUUUAAGCCAAACCUGGAGACUCACCUUAUCCCAUUACUGGCAACAGAACCAGAGAAAGCAUUGUCUGAGCUCAAUGAUAAAAUGAAUGCAUCCUCUUCAAAAGAUCCACAUCAUCAACUACUUAUGGAGAUCUUGUCAGGUGAGUUAGGCUGUAAAGUUGAAAAUAUAGCCAGCGUGGAGUUAAAUGUUUGCGAUACCCAACCUAGCUGCCUUGGAGGUGCUAAUAAUGAAUUCAUAUUUUCUGGGAGAUUGGAUAAUCUUGCGUCAAGCUUUUGUGCCUUGAGAGCUCUUGUUGACUCAUGUGCAUCACUGGAAGAUUUAGCAAAUGAGCAUACAAUUAGGAUGAUUGCUCUGUUUGAUAAUGAGGAGGUUGGUUCAGAUUCAUACCAGGGAGCUGGUGCACCAACAAUGUUUGAGGCCAUGAGACGAAUAACUGCUUGCUUUGGUCAUCAAUAUGUUGGGGAAUGUGCUUUUGCGCGUGCAAUUCGUAAUUCUUUCCUUGUGUCUGCUGACAUGGCUCAUGGAGUCCACCCAAACUUUAUGGAUAAGCAUGAAGAAAACCAUCGUCCAUUAUUGCAAAAGGGACUUGUUAUCAAACAUAACGCAAACCAACGUUAUGCUACUAGUGGAGUUACAGCUUUUCUGUUCAAAGAAGUUGCAAAAAAUCACAAUCUUCCAACUCAGGACUUUGUCGUGAGAAAUGAUAUGGGAUGUGGAUCAACUAUAGGUCCAAUACUGGCUUCAGGAGUUGGAAUUCGUACUGUUGAUUGUGGCAUAGCUCAGUUAUCCAUGCACAGUGUGAGAGAGAUAUGUGGAAAAGAAGAUGUGGACAUUGCUUACAAGCACUUCAAGGCAUUUUACAAGACAUUCUCGAGCAUUGACAAGAAUCUGGAUGUAGAUUGCUAG